AUGGAAGCUUUAGACAAACUGAAGCAGAAACGUACGAAUGAACGCAGUAGCAUUACGAAAUUAAUUACAAAAAUAGAAUCUUUGUUAUCAGAAAAUAUCGAAACCACAAACAUUGAGGAAUUGCAGGAGAUGAAUGAAACUAUUCUCGAAAGAGAAAACACGUUAAAAAUGUUGAAUUCACAAAUCGAAACUCAGUUAAAAGAUGCUAAAGAAUUUGAAAAAGACAUUUCUGAAUCAAUUAUUCAGGUUAUAGAGACUCAUGAAAUAUCGAAUGCUGAGCUAGACUAUCCUCCGGAAAAUAUUCGGGAGUUGUUAAAAGAUAGGGGAAUAAUUUUAGUGGAUGUUGAUCACGAAUCUUUAGAUAACAACAACGUAUCUUUACUCAUUGGAGCUGAUAAUUAUUGGAAAUUAGUAAAAGACAAAAUUGAACGUUUGAAUUCAACAUUAGUUACAAUGGAAACCCAAAUGGGUUGGAUUUUAAUGGGAAAAUUAUCUGAUCAUAUCGACGAUAAGGAAAAUGUGACUAAUGCCGUCGCAAUGACUUCUUUAUUAAUUCACACAUCGAAGAUUGAAAAUUUGUGGAAAUUAGAUUUAUUGGGUAUUCGAGACCCUGUUGAAACAAAAUGUAGAAAGGAAAUGGAAAUUGCCGCAUUGAAUCAUUUUAACGGAACUGUUACCUUUAAAGAGGGAAGAUAUGAAAUUCAGUUGCCUUGGGUAACAGAAAAGGACUGUUUACGUCAAAAUUUCGAUAUUGCUAGACAGCGUUUAAACAGUGCGACACACCGGUUGAUACAAAAGAGCAAAUUCGAGGAUUACGAAAAUGUUUUAACAGAUUGGUUAAAUGAAGGAAUUAUAGAAGUCCUUGAACACGAAAUGAAUAAUCAGUGUCACUAUUUACCACAUAAAGGAAUAUUCAAAGAAACUUCGACCAUGAAAUUGCGACCGGUUUUUGAUGCUUCCUGUAAAGACAAAAAUUCGCGCUCACUUAAUGAUUGCCUAGAAAAGGGUCCAAAUUUGCUGAAAAAAAUUAUUCCUAUAAUUUUAAGAUUUCGCAAGAAUAGAAUAGGAGUUGUUUCAGACAUAAGAAAGGCAUUUUUGCAAAUGUCGGUGAAUAAGAGCGAUCGAGAUUUCUUACGAUUUUUAUGGUGGAAAGACUUUGACAAGGACGAAUUUCGAGUUUUUAGAUAUAAACGCGUUGUUUUUGGAUUGAAUUGCAGUCUCUUUUUAUUGGCUGCUGUAUUAAGCCAUCACAUUGAUCUAAAUUCAUCUAAAUAUUCUGAAACAGCAGAAAAUUUAAAAAAAUCAUUCUACGUAGAUAAUUGCACUACAUCUGUUCCUGAUGAAGAUACACUUACGCGAUUCAUCGAGGAAUCGAAACAGAUAUUAGAUUCUGCGUCAUUCGAUUUGAGAGGGUGGGAGCACACUUCUCUUUUGAAAUCUGAAGACAGUAUAGAACCUACUCCUGUAUUGGGAAUUUUGUGGGAUAAGAAAGAUGAUAGCCGUCUCUGUGAGGUGAAGACUGCUACUGACAAACCAGUAAAUCUUACUAGAAGAAAUAUAUUGUCUGCGGUACAUCGCAUUUUCGACUCCAUGGGUUUUCUCUGCCCUAUAACGCCAACACCUAAACUACUCAUACAAAAGACAUGGUUGUUAAAAAUUGGUUGGGAUACAAAUAUACCCGAAGACUUAGGAAAAGAGUUCUAUUCGUGGAUUGAUGAUUUGUCAUUUUUUAUCCAGUAUUAG